AUGUCGCUGAGCCCCAAGCACACGACGCCCUUCUCGGUCACCGAUAUCCUCAGCCCGAUGGAGGAGAGCUACAAGAAGUUCGGCGGCAUGGACGGGGCGGGCGGGCUGGGCUCCCCCCUCGGGCCAUACCGGCAGCCGCCCGUGCCCCCCCCCGCAGCCACCGUCUCCCAGCACGUCGUGGCGGGUCCCACCGGGACGGCCGCUUACCACAUGCCCCACGGCGUCUCCCAGUUCCCCCACGGAGCCGUCGGGGGCUACUGCAACGGCGGGCUGGGCAACAUGGGCGAGCUGCCCGCCUACCCCGAGGGGAUGCGGAGCGGCGCGGCGGGGAGCGGCGGGUGGUACGGGGCCGGCGGAGACCCCCGGUACUCCAGCAUCUCCAGGUUCAUGGGCCCGUCGGCGGGGAUGAACGUGGCCGGGAUGAGCGGCCUGAGCGGCAUCGCGGAGGGCGCCAAGGGCAUCGUCCCGCUCCACGCGGCCCCGCGGAGGAAGAGGAGGGUGCUCUUCUCCCAGGCACAGGUCUACGAGCUGGAGCGACGGUUCAAGCAGCAGAAAUACCUCUCGGCGCCAGAACGGGAGCACCUGGCCAGCCUGAUCCACCUCACCCCCACCCAGGUGAAGAUCUGGUUCCAGAACCACCGCUACAAGAUGAAGCGCCAGGCCAAGGACAAGGCGGCCGCCCAGCAGCUGCACCCCGACGGCGGCCCCGGCCUCUGCCAGCAACCCUCGCCCCGCCGCGUCGCCGUGCCCGUGCUGGUGAAGGACGGCAAGCCCUGCCCUCCGCCGGGCAGCGGUACCCCGGCCCCCGGGCAGCCCCCGGCCCCCGCCGCCCCCGCCGCCGCGGCCGACCUGGAGGAGCUGUCGCCCAGCCCGCCGGCGUUGCACGGCCAGGUGCCCCCCCUGGCCCCCCUGGACUCGGCCGGCGUCGACUACAACGGCGGCAUGGUCAGCCCCAACCUGCUCUACGGCAGGACGUGGUAA